AUGUGUCCAGCUCGCCCAGAAUGUGAAUUACCGUCUGAAGUGUUUUACAGCAACGAAAACGCUGAAAAGUACACGAAUAACAGCAGAAUAAAUAAAAUCCAGUACGAGCUAGCCAACCGUUGCAUUGAUUUGCUGGAGUUGACUCCCGAUGCGAUUGAGAAUGGAAAAAUUCUAGACAUAGGUUGCGGCUCUGGAAUAAGUGGCGACGCUUUGUCUGAGCUGGGUGUGGCUUGGACGGGCAUUGACAAUUCUGCAGAUAUGAUCGAGCUGUGCAAGCAGCGCCACAUGGCGAAUCCUAAAGCCGAUUUCGUGCUUGCUGACAUUGGUGCGAAGCAAGAUUUCGAGCCUGGAAGCUACGCAGGCGCUAUAUCCGUCAGUUGCAUUCAAUGGCUCUGCCAUAGUUUCCAGUCCGAUCACAACCCGCGAACGCGUAUACGCGUUUUCUUUCAGUGGCUAUAUGACGUUCUCUCGACGGACGCCAGAGCUGUCUUGCAAUUUUACCCUUCUGACGACAACCAGGUCGCUUUGAUCGGCAAAGCCGCCGCCAGCGUGGGCUUUUCUACUUUUUUUUAUGUCGAUAAUCCAGACAGCAAAAAAAAUAAAAAGCUGUUUUUGAUCUGCACAUUUGGGCGGCCGACAGACCCCGACUCUGUCAUUGCGAGCGCUUUAUCUGAAAUGAAUUCGACUGAGCACGGCCGAAAACUUAAAAACGGUAAAAAGGGAGCUCAAAGUAGGAAGCAGUGGGUAUUAAACAAGAAAGAGCGCCAGCGAAGCUUAGGCAAGGUUAUCAAAAACGACAGCAAAUAUACAGCUCGCAAACGUAAAGACAAAUUUUAG